GAUACAGAAGAGCGGGGACACCAAACUGUCAGGCAGCGGUGGCUCGGCUUGGUAGGAUAAACCUUAUUUUCCUGCUCUGUUUGACACUGGGAAAAAGUCCAGUGACAGCCCAACUGUAGCAAGAUGGGAUCUGCCUCCUCAACUUACCGGCCCAAGUGUAUUUAUUUGGAUAUUGAUGGAAGAAUUCAAAAGGUGCUCUUUAGUAAAUACUGCAACUCCAAAGAUAUUAUGGACCUAUUCUGCAUCGCAACAGGGUUACCAAGGAACACGACGAUCUCCCUUUUGACAGCAGACAAUUGCAUGGUAUCCAUUGAUCCCACAAUGCCUGCAAACUCAGAGAGGUCUCCAUACAAAGUGAUACCUGUUGCCACUGGGCAGCUCUCAGAGAAAGAAGAAUUGUUUCAGAAUUUAUUGGGACAGAUUGCUGAGCAGUUCUCAAGGGUUUUUAAAAUCAAUGAGCUGAAAACGGAAGUAGCUAAUCACUUGGCAAUGCUGGAGAAAAAGGUUGAAUUGGAAGGCCUGAAAGUAGUGGAGAUUGAGAAAUGCAAGAGCGACAUUAAAAAGAUGAGGGAGGAAAUGGCAGCAAGAAGCAGCAGGACUAGCUGUCCCUGCAAGUACAGCUUUCUGGAUGAAAACAAGAGGCCGACUCCCCGGCGUGAUGUACCAUCCUACCCAAAGUACAUGCUGUCCCAGGAGACCAUAGAAGCGCUUCGGAAACCAACAUUUGACGUCUGGCUGUGGGAGCCCAAUGAGAUGCUGAGUUGUUUGGAACAUAUGUACCAUGAUCUUGGGUUGGUGAAAGAUUUCAACAUCAAUCCUAUCACAUUAAAGAGAUGGUUGCUGUGUAUUCAUGACAAUUACAGAAACAAUCCCUUUCACAAUUUCCGGCACUGCUUCUGCGUGACCCAGAUGAUGUACAGCAUGAUCUCUCUCUGCAGCCUCCAGGAGAAAUUUUCCCAAAUUGACAUCUUAAUUCUCAUGACUGCAGCAGUAUGCCAUGACUUGGACCAUCCAGGCUAUAACAAUACCUAUCAGAUAAAUGCACGAACGGAGCUUGCGGUACGCUACAACGACAUCUCCCCACUGGAGAACCACCACUGCGCUGUGGCUUUCCAGAUCAUUUCCCAGCCAGAAUACAACAUUUUCUCCAACGUCAACCAGGAGCAAUUCAAGCAGAUAAGACAGGGGAUAAUUACGCUAAUCCUGGCUACAGACAUGGCGAGACAUGCUGAAAUACUGGACUCUUUCAAGGAAAAAAUGGAAAAUUUUGAUUACUCAAAUGAAGAACACAUGACCUGUCUGAAGAUGAUACUGAUAAAAUGCUGUGAUAUUUCCAAUGAAGUCCGUCCGAUGGAAGUAGCAGAGCCCUGGGUAGAUUGCUUACUAGAGGAAUAUUUUAUGCAGAGCGACCGGGAAAAAUCUGAGGGGCUUCCAGUGGCACCAUUCAUGGACCGCGACAAAGUGACAAAGCCAACAGCACAAAUUGGCUUCCUAAAGUUUGUUCUCAUCCCCAUGUUCGAAACAGUAACAAAGCUAUUUCCAGAAGUGGAGGAGGUGAUGCUCCAGCCACUUUGGGAAUCCAGGGACCGCUACGAGGAAUUAAAACAGAUAGAUGAUGCUAUGAAAGAGUCCCAGAACAAGAAAAGUGAAAGUUUGACCAACGGCAGCACUGAAAAGUGA